GUCUUCUCCUCCGACGCUCCCAGCUCCGAGCCUGAAAGAACAUAUUUUGCUGCAUAGACACUACAAAGUCUGCCAUGAAGAAAUCCAGAAAUACUGAGUUCAAAAAGGAGGCAGAAAAUUAUCUGUGCAGCCAGUAUGAACAGAAGAUCCGUCCCUGUAUUGACCUCAUUGAUUCACUGAGAGCCCUUGGUGUGGAAAAGGACUUGGCGUUGCCAGCAAUUGCUGUGAUUGGAGAUCAGAGCUCUGGAAAAAGUUCAGUUCUAGAGGCCUUGUCGGGAGUUGCCCUUCCUAAAGGCAGUGGGAUUGUUACCAGAUGCCCUUUGGAGCUCAAGAUGAAAAAAAAUAAUAAACAAAAAUGGAAGGGGAAAAUUAUGUAUCUAGAAACAGAGGUGAAACUGGAAGAUUCAUCAGAGGUGGAAGAUGCAGUUAGGAGAGCCCAGAAUGCAAUAGCUGGUGAAGGACUGGAUGUUAGCGACAAAUUAAUUACCCUGGAAAUUAGUUCUCCAGAUGUUCCAGAUCUCACGUUAAUUGAUCUUCCAGGAAUUACAAGAGUGGCAGUAGGCACUCAACCACCAGACAUCGGCAAACAGAUCAUGACAUUAAUUAAGAGAUAUAUUACCAAACAAGAAACCAUCAAUUUGGUUGUGAUUCCAAGUAAUGUUGAUAUUGCUACUACAGAGGCAUUGAAAAUGGCUCAAAUAGUAGAUCCCGAAGGAGAGAGAACACUUGGUAUUCUAACCAAGCCUGAUUUGAUUGAUGAAGGAACUGAGAACGAGACCGUUGAUAUUGUCCGGAAUCAAAGAGUGCCUCUGAAAAAGGGAUACAUGAUUGUUAAAUGUCGUGGGCAGAGUGACCUCACUAAUAAACUGAGCUUGGAAGAUGCAGUCAAGAAAGAGAGAGAAUUUUUUGAAGAGCACAAGUUUUUCAGCCGUCUUUUGAAAGAAGGCAGAGCUACCAUCCCAUUUCUGGCAGAAAGACUUACACAAGAGCUCACUAAACACAUUCAGAAAACACUGCCAACUUUAGAACAGCAAAUAGUAACCAGCCUUGAAGAAACUUAUCAAAACCUUAAGCAGUAUGGUGAAAGUGUUCCUGAAUCCUUGGAGGAAAAGAAAUAUUUUUUUGUAGAAAAAAUCAACGCUUUUAAUGAAGACCUCUUAAAAAUUGUACAUGGAGAAGAGGAUGUAAAACAUUUAACCAAGAGAACAAUUACAGAUAUUCGAAAGGCAUUUAAUGAAUGGCAAGAUACAAUUAAUGAAAAUAAUGAAGAAAUGAAUAAAAUAAAAUCCAGGAACAAUAGAACUGGGAAUAUUGAAUAUAUCCGUGGUAGAGAACUUCCAGGGUUUGUCAAUUUCAAAACCUUUGAGAUCGCUAUAAGAAAGCAAAUUCAACAACUAGAAUGUCCAGCAAAUGCAGUGUUGAAGGAAGUUGCAGAACUUGUGCGGAAUGCAUUUUUGAAACUUGCUAUCCAACACUUCAGUAGUUUCUAUGCUCUCUGCAGAUCUGCUCAGGGCAAAAUUGAGGAAUUAAAGAGCACACAAGAAGAGAAAGCAGAAAAUAUGAUACGCACUCAAUUUGAACUGGAAAAUAUAGUAUACUGCCAGGACACUAUUUAUCGUGAAGAUUUUGGAACUGUAAGAGCGAAAAAAAUCUCUUCUAAUGAAAAUGAUUCUGAUGAAAAUGAUUCUGAUGAAAAUGAUUCUGCAAAAGAGUGCUCAGUGGAGGAAAUGCUUUACCAUGUGGCUGCCUACUUUAAAAGUGUAAAAGUCCGGCUUGGUACUCAGAUUCCUUUGAUCAUACAGUUAUACAUGUUCAAGGAUUUUGCUGAGAGGUUACAGAAAGCAAUGUUGCAGCUUUUGCAAAACGGAGAUCAGUUGGAAGAUCUCUUUCAUGAGGAAGAGGAUAUUGUCAACAGAAGGAAUUAUUUUAAAGAAAGAAUUGAACGACUUCAUAAAGCUCAAAAACUUUUGAAAAAGUUCUAAUAUUUGUAUAUAAAUAUUUCUAAAUAAAAAGUUCUGGUAGCAGCUCUGUUUCGGUUAGAUGGGUGUAUUAAGGGUAUUUGUAACUUAUGUUUAACAUUUGUAAUAUUAUUCAGUGAUGUUGCUGAGCUUCAAUAGUGCAUUUAGAACCACAAUUGGCAAAGAAAACUGAAGAUAAUUGGAAUUUGUAUUUGCCUAUAUUACAUUCACAUUAUAAAUCACUGUUAGUUACUAUGGACCUUUCCAUGCUAUUGAGCCAAUAUGCUAUCUGUCCAUGUGCUACAACUAUAUUAGCAUAAUGUCUGCUGUCCCCAGUGCAUUAUGUUCAAAACAGCAGAAAUAACCUUCUUCCCCCAGUUCCAAGGUUGUAAGAGGAAUAAAUCUAUCUUCAGCACACUUCCAUCAUUUUUACACUCCUUUUUGUGUGUAGUCUAUAUACAUUGUAUUGUAACCCAAGCUGAAGAAAGGUUAAAAGAUAGAAAGAGAACCAAAUCAUAAACUAUUUAGGGUUUCUCUUCCUUUUUCACUGUAUACGCAACAAAUAUUGAUAAGCUCCUUCAUGUAAAUGAGAGGUGAGGUGGGAUGGGGAAAGGUAUUGGUUCUAUCAUUCAACAUUGGAACAGCCUCCCACUUCAAAAUCAAAGGGCCCUCAUCUUUUUAGCAUUCCUGAAGGCCGUGAAGAUCUGGCUCUUCCCCUAGCAUUGAGUUAAGGAGGUGGUUCAGCAAGGAGGUUGAUAGCUGGUUGAUAUGCUGUCUAGUAAAAAAAGGUUUGUUUCAUUUUAUUCUGCUUUAAUGUGAGCCACCUAGGAUCACUAUGUAAGGCAGUUGGCCAUACAAGUAGUUUAAAUAAAUAAACAACCCAGCCAUUUAAAUUGUUAUGCUAGUUAACCUCAAUAUCAUUUCACAUUUAUCAAGUUCUGGAAAAUGGAUUAUUUCAUGAGCCACUGUGUUCUACUAUUUUAGGACAGAGUAGCAGAAGGGCAACAGGUAAUGCUGACCUGAGACUGAAGAGAAGUUGGUGUGUCUAUUACCUGAAAGGGCAGUUAGUAUCUCUGUGGUACAAUCUGCCACUGCUCAUCUCUGCAUAAUGACUUGUGAACCAUAACAUGUUAUGCACCCUGGGAGAAAAUGCUAUGUUAACACUGGAAUAGCUAAGAAUGUCUUAACACUGACUCACUCAUGGUGUUGGGGCUAAUUGAAACCAGUAUCAUAAGGAGAAAACACACUGCUGAGGCAUGCAUUUAUCAUGGUAGGACCACUGGAGAAGGGCCAUAAGUUUUUAUUUCUUCAUAGUAGAUACACCCACAUGGUUGUGUUAUCUGUCACAAUGCAUAUUCUUAUUUCUAAAUGGGAAGUAUGGUACAUUAUUACAUUUUCUUAAUCUUCAGGAUCUAAUUUUUUUUAGCAUAUAGCCUGGGAAGUAAAUAUAUAGGCUAAAUGUCAAUGGAGACUCAAUUAUCCAGGGCAAAAGUGUUUUAAAAAGUUAAAUCAAAGUACUAUACCUGUAUAUCAGUAUAACUAAUUUAAUCUUUUAAAAUGUAGGCUAAGCAGAUCAACAGGGUUCAGGUGAAAUAGAAUACUGCAGUUCUCUACUUGCUUCUCUGAGGAGUCCUAUUGAUUUCAGUGGAUCCUAUCAGUACUCACGUGUAGGAGUUUAAGUUAUAUUUGAUUAGCAGAUCAGCAACAAUAUAAUUACAUUUCUAUUUACUAAAUUUUAUUAAGUUUCAUUAGAAGAUCAAAAUAUAGAAGGAACAAACAUUAGAAAAAGAAAAGUAAGAAGAGAUCAAAGAAAUGACUUCCAACUUUUUUUCUGUGCAAUACUGUAGAUUGCCAAAAUAAUAAAAAAUCUCAAUGUUUUCAGUGCCUUCUUGAGGUUGCUUGUAUUGUAUGUCACCCUAGCCCUUAGUACCACUUUGCACCUCUGAUAUCUCCUUAGUGCAAAAAUUUACUAUAAGGAACAUGUAAACUUCAUUACUGUCUUCAGAUUGGUAAUGAAAAUUCAUACAGGAUAAAACAUUAAGCAGAAUUCAGUAACAAAAAUCACAGAUUGACAUUACAUCUGAGAAAUGUGCAUAGAAACAUAAUAUGAAUAUUCCAGAGCAAUCUUUGUAAUUUGAAUUCAGUUAUUCUAAUGAACAUUCCAGUAAGAUCUGCAACAUACAGUAUUUCCACCAAAAAUAUUACCUGAAAUUAAACAAUUUAUUGCAUGAAAUGUGUUUUUGCAGUAAGAAAUAAAAACCUGUACAUUCAUCUUUUAAGGUUACAUUUAGGAGAACAAAAGUAGAAUACACUAUGUUGAAAUUGUGGAGACUUUGUAAUAUGCUUGGCAAUCCUGAACAUUGUGCAAAUUAGUGCAUGUGGUCUCAACCUGUGGUCUGCGAACCCCUGGGGGGCAUGAUGUCAUCACAGGAGGUCCAAAGGCUUGAGAAAAAUGUUAUGAUUUAAAUCUUGGGGGUCCAUGGUGAAAAGGUUGAGAACCAUUUGUUGUAUAUAGUUUAUCAUUAACAUAGUAAAAUACAGCCAGGUAGUCAAUUUUAGCCAAUAAAGCAGAAUUAAAUAAUUAAUGGUAUAAUGGGAAUGGCUUUGCUUUUAUGCAUGUGUAACUGUCAUGUAACUUUGUAACCAGCCAGCAAUUCUUUUUGUUUCCUGUAGUAAAUUGUAUAAAAGUAGCUCUGCCCGACUUCUGGUGUGUUCGUUGGGUGUGAAACCUAGAGGUUUCUCCCUCUUCUGUUUUCAAUAUAGAAAUAAAGUUUUGUCUUUUCUCAAUCUUGUGUGGACACUGACUUUUUCACAACGGAUUCGCCUAAUUACCCAGGCUUUUGGCCAACUGGGAAUAUCCACAAUUUUCCUUCAAAUCUCCCAGCUGAAAGUGGGGAAUUGGAUAGUAGGAAAUACAUGUUAUAUGUAUCAACCCAUCAAGCAAAGAACACAAUUAAAAGAGAAAAAGAAUUGCAAAUUCUUGUGGCCAGUAUGAAUUUGUGGACUUGACAGGGCUUGUAAAUUGAAGCUGCACAGUGGCUAAAAGCACUGCAGCUGCCUUGUAAUUAGCCUUAACUAAGCCAUUUCCUCUCAACCAUCCCACCCUAUCCAAAUCUGCAACCUGAGAAUAAUAACACUGACUAAGGAAAUGGCAACCAGGGAAUUUUAAGUGGCAACCAGGGAGAAGAAUUUUCUUUAAUGAAGCUGUAGAGUCA